AUGUUGGAGGAAGCUUAUUCUUGUACAGUUGAUGAUGUCCUAAAGCACUACAAUACGAACACUGAAACUGGUUUAACUAAAAAGCAGAUUGAAUCCUCUUUGAAGGAGUAUGGCUACAAUGAGUUACCACCGGAAGAAAACAAGCCUCUUUGGAAAUUGGUACUUGAACAGUUCGACGACCUCUUGGUCAAAAUUCUCUUACUAGCAGCUGUUAUCUCAUUUGUCUUGGCCUGGUUUGAAGAUAGCGAAGAUGCGACUACUGCGUUUGUCGAGCCAGUUGUCAUAAUGCUCAUAUUAAUCGUGAAUGCAAUCGUUGGUGUUUGGCAGGAACGUAACGCUGAGUCAGCCAUAGAAGCCUUAAAAGAAUAUGAGUCAGAUACUGCAAAGGUUAUUCGUCAGGGUUAUCAAGGUGUGCAGAGUGUGAAAGCCCGUGAAUUAGUGCCUGGAGACAUUGUGGAAGUUGCUGUUGGAGAUCGGGUUCCAGCGGAUAUUAGAAUCGUUAAAAUCUUGUCUACAACACUUCUCAUUGAUCAGUCUAUCUUAACUGGUGAAUCAGUAUCAGUUUCAAAGCACAGUGACCCUAUAUCCCAGGCUCGAGCUGUCAAUCAAGACAAAAAGAAUAUGCUAUUUAGCGGUACAAAUGUAGCCUCCGGAAAAUGUGUUGGAGUAGUAGUCGGGACCGGACUUUCAACAGAAAUAGGCAAAAUUCGUGAUCAAAUCAUGCAUACAGAACAAGAUAAAACUCCUCUCGGGCAGAAAAUAGAUGAAUUUGGAACACAGUUAUCAAAGGUCAUAACACUCAUAUGUAUUGCUGUAUGGUGCAUUAACAUUGGCCAUUUUAACGACCCAGUGCAUGGUGGUUCUUGGCUCAGAGGUGCUGUUUACUACUUUAAAAUUGCAGUCGCGCUUGCCGUAGCGGCGAUUCCGGAAGGUCUACCGGCUGUUAUCACAACGUGUCUAGCUUUGGGGACCCGUCGAAUGGCUCGCAAAAAUGCUAUUGUCCGAUCAUUACCAAGUGUUGAAACUCUUGGGUGUACAACAGUGAUUUGUUCUGACAAAACCGGUACCCUUACAACCAACCAAAUGACUGUUUGCCGAAUGUUCACUUUCGGUAACGAGAGUCGGGUCGGUGAUGCUUCGCAGCUAAAAUUUGAUGAGUUUGAAAUUACGGGUUCUAAAUAUGCUCCAGAAGGAAAUGUGCACCAUCAAGGACGAAAAAUAGACUGUUCUGAAUAUCCUUGUCUUGUAGAACUUGCGCAAAUAUGUUCUUUGUGCAAUGACUCGUCUGUGGAAUACAGUGAAUCUCGGCAUGCAUAUGAAAAAGUGGGUGAAGCGACUGAGACUGCAUUGGUCUGCUUGGUUGAGAAAAUGAAUGUCACAAAAGUCUCUAAAUCAAAUCUUACUAAUCACCAGCUUGCAAUGAUUUGUAAUCGCGAUAUCCAGAAAAUGUAUGAAAGAAAAUUUACUCUUGAGUUUUCUCGGGAUAGGAAGUCAAUGUCUACGUAUGUCAUCCCUCGAAGUCAAAUUUCUGGCUCUAAAGAAAAGCUCUUUGUUAAGGGCGCCCCGGAGUCCAUAUUGGAUAGAUGCACUCAUGUACGCACCACAGGCGGCAAAUUAUUGUUAACGUCUGAGCUAAAAGGCGAAGUACUUCGAAAAAUAGCUACCUACGCCACUGGACGUGAAACUCUUCGUUGUUUGGCUUUAGCUACAAGAGAUGAACCACCUUCAUACUCUCACUUUGAUUUAAAAGAUCCAAAAAAUUUCAAGGAUUAUGAGACUGAAUUAACUCUUGUGGGUGUUGUUGGUAUGGUGGACCCGCCACGUUGUGAGGUUGCCAGCAGUAUCCAAGCUUGUAAAAAGGCUGGCAUCCGUGUUAUUGUUAUUACAGGCGAUAAUAAAGCAACUGCCGAAGCUAUAUGCCGUCGUAUAGGAUUGUUUGAAGAUAAAGAAGAUACUUGUGGAAAGUCCUUCACGGGACGAGAAUUCGAUGACCUCAGUUUAGAAAAGAAAAAGGAUGCAGUACGCAACGGAAAGUUGUUUGCUCGCGUUGAACCCGCCCAUAAAAGUCUAAUAGUACAAUUCCUACAGCAGGAUGGUGAAGUAUCUGCGAUGACUGGAGAUGGUGUUAAUGACGCUCCUGCACUAAAGAAGGCGGAAAUUGGGAUUGCUAUGGGAAGUGGUACUGCCGUUGCCAAAUCUGCUUCUGACAUGGUACUAGCAGAUGAUAAUUUUAGCACAAUUGUUGCGGCCGUUGAAGAAGGCCGAGCUAUAUAUGAUAACAUGAAACAGUUUAUCCGUUACCUUAUUUCGUCUAACAUCGGCGAAGUUGUCUGCAUUUUCUUGACUGCUGCUCUUGGAAUGCCUGAGGCUUUGAUUCCUGUACAAUUACUCUGGGUUAACUUAGUGACUGAUGGUUUACCUGCUACAGCCUUAGGAUUUAAUCCUCCUGAUGUUGAUAUAAUGACUAAACCACCACGUAAAAGCAAAGAACCAUUAAUUUCCGGUUGGUUAUUUCUUCGAUACAUGUUGAUAGGCAUCUAUGUUGGGUGUGCAACAGUUGGAGCAGCAGCCUGGUGGUUCAUGGUCUAUGAGGGCGGUCCCAAAGUGAACUAUUAUCAGCUGACACAUCAUUUGCAAUGCCAGUUGGAACCAUCUAUGUUCAAAGGAGUUAAUUGUAGCGUAUUCGCCAGUCCAAAACCUAUGACAAUGGCAUUGUCUGUGUUGGUUUUGAUUGAGAUGUUUAACGCAUUGAACAGGUAAUUCAUUUUGUUGAUUUUUACCUCAUUUAUGAGUUAUUUAUGGUUGACGCUAUAAAGAUUAUCCAUUUCGUUUACAAGUUUUAAGUCCACUAGAUAUAGUAAGCUGUUUUCUAAGUCACUAUGUAUCAGUAAGCCUCAUUCGCAGGUUUUACGUGUGAUACUUAUUCAAGUUCAACUACGCACAGAAAUAUGGUGACCAACUAUCUUCCAUAUCGUUGAGUUUUUGCAGUGACAAAUCGAGUCAUUCUAUAAUAAAAAAGAGAUCAAUACAUAGUUUUUACAACAGUUGAGAUCAUGAGUCAAUUGAAACUAGACCACUAUGGAAAACCUGGAAGCACUGGACGGUCGUUUCGUCCUAUUGUGGGACUCUUCAGCAGUACGCGUCCACGACCCCGCCUCGCGGGACUUGAACCCAGGAACUAUCAGUCUCGCGCCAGACGCUUAACAUAGUUUUUACGCAAACCCUUCAAAUGAGUUGUUGGUGUUAGCAAAUUAUCCACUGUAUGGUGUUGAUAAGUAAAUCAGACCAUUAUUUUAAAUGGUAAGAGUUGGGAAUUAUUUGCAUAUAUUUAUAUGAAAUAAGAAGAAUAGAAUACAAAUUUAGUUGAUUGUCAUUACGUAUAGUAGUAUAAAGCUAACUAUCUCCAUUUAAAAAAAUGUGAGUUGAUUAUGUAUAGAUGCUAAUGGUUGGUUAGGUUUUAAAGGUCUUUCAUAAAUAGAGUAGUAAACGGAGUAUCUUGUAUGGUUAUCGCUAUCAUAAUAUUUUAAGAAAAAGUCUCCUUUAAAUAAAUUCUAGUUCAUUGGUAUAUUAGAUCCUACGUCUUAUUUUAUGUCAAAUGCACAUGGGGUCCAGAAUCCGGAGAGAAGAAAUGGCGUAUGAAUCUAAUGUUGCUUCAUUGUCUUAUGGAUUAGACCUCUAGGUAAAAGACUCGGAGAGUGGCCCCCUAAGAAAACCACCUGCUUUGGUUUGGGCAUCCGAACAGCGUUCUAGCCCUCAUACACUUCAAAUGACGAAGUGUUGUGCAUAUACAUUUGGUGCUUCAUUGUACCGGUGUUUGUGCGUCUUCCAUCAUAUGCUGUUCUGGCCGACAUUGUGUCUCCUUCGGUAAUUUUGUAUUAUGUUUCUUUAUUUUAUUAGCCUUUCUGAGAAUCAGUCGCUU